AGACUGUCAUGGUAUCUCUCUAGGAAUACUUGUAAAAGAGCUGGAGCGUGGAGAUAUAAAGAGAUACUGUAUAUGAACAUUGUUUGAGUGGAAAAGGAGCAGAAACACAUCACAAGGGUAAAAGAACAGGAAUAUUGGAGAAAGAAGAAAAUUUCCUGUAGGAUUCUUUAGCAUUCAUAUUUAUAGUAAAUGGAUCAGAAAUGGAUUUCAGUCUUCUUCCUUCUCUCAGUUGUCUGUGGUCUGUCUGCAUACGUUCCUCAUCGGUAUCACUUUGUGAAUGAGAGUAAAACCUGGAUAGAAGCUCGGAGCUACUGCAGACAGAUCUACACUGAUCUGGCCACCAUCAACAACAUGGAAGAGAUGAACAAGCUGACUGAAAUUAUAAAAGAUAAAUCUCUUAGGGUCUGGAUUGGACUAGAAAGAGUGGACUGGCAGUGGUUACUGCAGGAUGGAACAGUUUAUAAAGCCAGACUGAUAUAUAGUAACUGGGCAACUGGAGAACCAAAUAAUAAUGAUAAGGAGGUUUGUGUUCUUAUGAAUGAAGAUGGAGAGUGGAAAGAUGAAGAAUGCAGCUAUUCAUCUCCUUUUGUGUGUUUUGAGGGAAAACAAAGUAGACAUGUGUUUAUUAAUGAUGCAAAGAGCUGGCAUGAUGCUCAGAGCUACUGCAGAAAGAAUGACACAGAUCUGGCCAGCGUGAGGAACCAGACAGAAAAUGAUGAAGUAAAGAAGGUAGCCAAUAGAAAAACUGUUUGGAUCGGCCUGUCCAGAGUCUCCUGGAAGUGGUCAGAUGAGAGUUACUCCUCAUUCCGAUACUGGAUGCAAAAGCAGCCAGAUAAUUCUGGUGGAAAAGAGAACUGUGGUGAAAUAGUAAUGACUGAUGAGGGUCGCUGGAAUGAUGCAAAAUGUGAAGAAAAGUUCUCAUUCAUCUGCUAUGAGAAUCAGCUGAUCUUGAUCAAUCAGAAUCUGACCUGGAGAGAAGCUCUGAGAUACUGCAGAGAUCAUCAUGUGGAUCUGGUCUCAGUUCACUCUGAGGAGAUCCAGCUCUGGGUGAAGGAGGUGGCACAGAAAGCCUCCACUGAACAUGUGUGGCUGGGUCUGCGUCACACCUGCACCCUCAGCUUCUGGUUCUGGGUGAGUGGAGAGUCUAUCUGCUACCAGAACUGGGCACCAGGUAACGGGUCCGGAGAAGAAGACUGCAGCUUUGUAGAGAGAACCGGAGCAGUGCAGUCUAGAGGAGGUCAGCAGUGGGUCAGCCUGCCUGAGGACCAGAAACUCAACUUCAUCUGCACCACCUAUGAAGAUUAGUUACUGAAUGCAUGAAGAAUGAAAUCAAGCUGUGGUCCAUCAUCCAUACCCAACAUCAGUGAAGCCACAUUGCUGUUACAUCGAUAUUUGCAUUUCUGAAC